CAAAACGAAACUAGGGUUUUCCGUAAGUGUUAUCCACGUUUCAUAAUUCUGACAGGACGUGGUUUCAACAAGAAAGUCUCUCGGACGAUUGACUACGUGACGAAUCAUAGCGAUGGCUUCAACAUUGCCGACGACAGACGAAGUUGCGGUCAUAGCAGAGACUAUGAAUAAACACAUACAAUAUCUUCAGGCAAACGUCCAAAGCUUAAAGAAACUUCCUAAACCCAAGGACGUUUAUAAGGACAUGAAACAAGAACUCUGGCACAUGUUGUGUUUACCAUGCAGAUCAACUCUGUAUGGUUUAUUUAGUAAGGACUUUUCGUUGCGUAGAAAAAAAGGAAGGGUGUCGCAUCCACUAGAAGACCAGGAAACGAUAAAAGACCUGGAAAGAGAAAUUGAUACUUUAAGACACAUUUUAAAGGACAAAGACAAGAAACUAAAUAAAUGGGAAGAAGAGAAGAAGGCAUAUGUUAAAAGACCCAAAAAGAUGUUUUCUGAAGGCAGAGAAAAAUACAACAAUGAGGAAAAGCAGGAUGAAUUACACAAGGUUCAAAAGGAAAAAGAGGAGACUGUGCGAGAAAUAUCACAACAGCUACAGACGGAGAGACAUACAGGUUCCCCGAACAGGACAAAUGAGGAGUUAUCACCCACCAUGUAGAGUCUACAGCAAAAAAUCGAUAUGUUGAAAGGAGAACUCGAAAAGAAGCAGGGUGAUUUUGACAAAAGCCAACAGGAGAACGAAGAGUAUAUGAGAGAAGUAGCACAACUACAGACAGACAGACAGACACUACAGGAUCAGACAAGCUCUAUCAACAAGACCAAUGAAGAAUUAUUAUCUUCAUUAAAGAUUAAACAGCAGAACACUGAAAAGAUGACUGGAGAACUAGAGGAAAAGCAAACUGAACUUGACAAAGUUCAAAGGGAAAACGAAAUGUUUGUUAUAAACAUAUCCCAGCUACAGACAGAUAUACAGAAAUUUAAGGACCAGGCAAGUUUCCUCAGCAGAACGAAUGAGGAGAUGACUCCCGCCAUGGAGGGUCUACAGCGGAACAUCGACAGACUGGCAGGACAACUAGAGGAGAAACAGGGGGAUUUUGACAAAGUUCAAAACGAAAAAGCGGAGUAUUUGAAAGAACAAUCACAACUACAGAGGGACAUACAAACACUACAGGACGAGACAGGUUCUCUCAACAAGACUAUUAAGGAACUAUCAUCUACUGUUGAGAGUCUUCAGCCGGAUAUUGAUAGGAUGACAGGAGAACUAGUAAAAAAGGAUGAAGAAAUAAACAAUUUAAAAACAGUGUUGGAAGAAAGUCGACGCUUAAAAAAGAAAGUUGUGGUGAUGAGGUUACUACGUACUAGCCGAAGUGGUUUGGGGAAAACAAUGGUGGACAUGGUUACCAAGGAGCUGACGAGACAGCUAGGAGAAAGACUCGAUUCAAAGAGCUUUGAUUUUUCAAUUGUGCUCAGCGAGACACCAACAGAUGUAUCCAAUGGGCCAUUGUUUGUUUUAUGUCUGAAUAUGUCGAGGGUCGGCACAAAUAUUCAGGACGCAUUGGAAGGGACGGAAGGUGGUAGAGACGUUUACGUGCUCGUGCUACAUCAUACCAACAAGGACAACCUAUCAACACUGACACCUACCAGCCUUCGUGUGACCGGAAGUGAGAUACGACAACUUGGUGGUAUCAUUGACCUGGCGUUCAGCAGCAAUAGUGGACUGUACGAAUGUGAUCUCAACAUCACUGCUAUUGGUAAAAUAGCAACUGUUUUAAAGAAAUUUUGAAAAAUUCAUUGUAAAAUAAUAGUUAAGAUUUGUAAAGGUACUAUAAUGAUAAAAUAUUCACAUUUAUCAUAAGUGCGCCAUGUUUUAAUGUACUUUUAUCUAAGAAUAAAAUGAAUGCAAUGUAACAUUACAUGACGGUGAGAUUAUCAAUGAUACGUCCUACACACAAAAAACAAAAAGACAUCGAGGAAUUUAUUUCAUAUGCAAAAAUCAUAAAAUGAGUGAACGAUUCUUCCUUAUGUAGACCGACAUCAUCAUUUGUUGUCCGUAAAAUAUUGUCUUUAUCAUGAAUGGCAGAACUUGCUCAACCAAUUAAUUUACAUAUUUCGUGCAACCGAGAUAACGUACAGUCUGAUAUAUCAAAAGAUGACAAGUACAUCCAAGUUGAGAGAAUAGUUAUAAUGAUUUUCUGAAUAAAUGGGUUCUGUUUAUUAGAUAGCCAGGUCUUUUUACUUAGAUUAGCUUCAAUCUAGACUUUUUUUGGUUUAUAAUGUUGACGGUCGACGCCAUUUGUUCUGUAUUAACGUAUAUACUAUUUCAGUGUUUAUUAUACCUUUUGUAUUUAUGUUGAUGGCUGAUAUCCUUAUUGACGUACAUUAAUUACUUCAUUAGGUGUAAGGUAUCGUGACAAAAAUAAAAUGGUGUAUCCCGUUACUAUCGGACGAUAAUGUUUUUAUGUAGAAAAGCACGUAUCUUUAGAUACAAUAUUCCCUAUUUAACCAGCCUUUUUCAUGAUUUACUAAAAUUCUCAAGAAUGAAAGUAUAAGCAAUUAAGUAGAAAAUUCUUCAGAUUUGAAAUUUAGAUAUGUUGUCGGGAGCCAUAUACAUGUUGUAGCAUACAGCAUAAGGGUCAUUUUAUUGACAUUUUAUCAAAACUUGUUUUUAAGAAUAUCAUAAGAUAGAUUUUGAUCUUUUUCAAAAAAAUGCACAAAUUGGGCUAAACAUGUAUCCUGUGACGUUGUUGUUUUAUAUACGAAUAUACCUCAUGCACUUGGAUCAAAAGCCGUUGUUCUUAAAAAUGACUUUAUUCUUAAAACUAUGGACUUAUUCUUGGCAGGUUAUAUCUUUUUGCCAUCAACAAUGUCAUUAACCAUAAGAAGAGGUACAGAGAUAGGUACCGUAGUGCUCCCUGUGUUUGCCUCCCUUGUACUAAAGUAUCUAGAAGAACCAUUUUACGAUGUUAUUUGAUGAAAUAUGGUAACGACUACCCUGAUUUGAUUUUAAAUCAAUAUAUGAAUAAAUAUAUAAAACAACAUUGUUUACUCUUUUCAACAAUUCUUUCAUCAUCUAUCUAGCUGACUUGUGUGUAGAUGAUUUUCAGAAUUAAUUCUUUACAUCUUUCUAUUAGUCUUACAAUGUUAGCAAAAUAAUAUUCGUUUCCUCGUUUAGAUAUGAUUUACAUAUUUAAUAAAAAAAAAAUCCUCCUGGUUAAAUUACACAAUUUAAAGAGUACCAUACGUAUCUAUUUUUAUUCUAUCCAUUGUAAAUCUGUGAAGGGUGUUUCUUCCAAUUAACCAUCACAAUUCGUUAUCUAAGUGAGUCAUAAGGUUACCAAUGAAAUAGGUUCAGUAUUUAACUGGCCUUUUUUUUACUUAUCCUUUUAAAUCUCAAAGAUAUUCUGAUGGCGUACUGGAAAAGGGUACACACAUUGUCAUCAAUAAGAGACUGUUUACAUAACUCACUCGUAUGGAGGGUACACACAUUGUCAUCAAUAAGGGACUGUUUACAUAACUCACUCGUAUGGAGGGUACACACAUUGUCAUCAAUAAGGGACUGUUUACAUAACUCACUCGUAUGGAAGGUACACACAUUGUCAUCAAUAAGGGACUGUUUACAUAACUCACUCGUAUGGAGGAGAAGAUGAGUAUUACUCAGAAUUACGGACUUUUAUAAUCUGAUACGAAGAAUGGAAUUUUAUUUAGAUGUUCGAUAUCAUGCUUAUUCUAUAUGCGUGUUGUGAAUGUCGUAUUGUAUUCUUAAAGUUGUUUUCAUAAGUCAGCAUUCCAAUAAAACAUAUUCACUAUGAAUAUGCAACUUUAUACAAAUAUUUCACCGAAAGCUGUUUGGCCAUGAUCGGUCGUCCUUCUGUCAGCGUUACGGCGAACUAGAUUAAUUGUGACGAUGACGUAGUGUAAACUUUCUGAUGGUAAGGGGUUAUCCAGCAGGUUCACUUCUGCCUCUGAUAAGCCCGAGCCAUAUUAAGCUCAUCUCGCACGAAUUACUGAUGAGUUCAUGCCCCAGCGUCCGUCGUACAUCAUCCAUCGUCCACUUUUCCAUUCCAAAGAUAUCUUCUCAAUAACCAAACACGCCUAAGUCGGGGAUUAGCAUGCCAUGAUGAAGGACUACCAGGUUUGUUAAAAUGAAUGACCUUGACACACUUUUAUUGUCGCAUGGGUCA